AUGCGGAGCGCCCACGGGGGCUCGGCGCGGGGGGCUGCCCCGCUGCCCUCGUCGCUGCUCCUGCUGCUGCUCUGGCACCGCCUGCCCGCCGCGCGGCCCUACAACCUGGACACGCAGCACCCGCUGCUCUUCCAGGGCGGCAACGGGACCCUCUUCGGCUACUCGGUGCUCCUGCACCGCCACGGCGGCGAGAGCUGGCUCGUCGUGGGCGCCCCCCGCGCGAACUGGUCCGCCAACAGCUCCGUGGUCAACCCCGGGGCCAUUUUCCGCUGCCGCAUCGGAGGGAACCCCCGCGGGGACUGCGAGCAGCUCCAGCUGGGCAACCCCAGUGGCGAGCGCUGUGGAAAGACUUGUUUGGAAGAGCGCGAUAACCAGUGGUUGGGUGUCAGCUUAUCAAGGCAGCCAAAAGAAAAUGGAUCUAUCCUUGCUUGUGGACAUAGAUGGAAAAAUAUCUUUUAUAUCAAAAAUGAACACAAACUACCUAAUGGUAUUUGUUUUGCCAUCUCUUCUGACUUUCGAACUGAACUGAGUAGAAGAAUAUGCCCGUGUUAUAUAGAUCACGUGCGAAAGUUUGGAGAAAACCAUGGGUCGUGCCAGGCUGGAAUGUCUAGUUUUUACAUUGAGGACUUGAUUAUAAUGGGAGCCCCAGGAUCGUUUUAUUGGACUGGUUCUGUUUUUGUGUACAACACAACUGCAAAUACCAUCCACGCUUAUACGGAUUCCAAUAACCAAGUGAAGUUUGGCAGUUAUCUAGGAUACUCUGUUGGAGCUGGGCAUUUUCUGACGUCAACCAGUAUAGAAGUCAUUGGAGGAGCUCCCCAGCAGGAGCAGACUGGUAAAGCAUACAUUUUUAGCAUUGAGAAGCAACUAACUAUUCUAUUUGAACUAAAGGGUAAAAAGCUUGGUUCCUACUUUGGRGCUGCAGUGUGUGCUGUGGACCUGAACUCAGAUGGCCUCUCAGACUUGCUAGUGGGUGCUCCAAUGCAAAGCACCAUUAGAGAAGAAGGACGAGUUUAUGUUUACAUCAAUUCRGGUUCUGAGGCAAAAAUGGCAGAACUAGACACAGAGCUCAGUGGGAGUGACUCAUAUGCAGCCAGGUUUGGAGAGUCCAUAGCCAAUCUAGGCGACAUUGAUAAUGAUGGUUAUGAAGAUGUAGCAAUUGGAGCUCCACAGGAAGAUGAUCUGAAAGGAGUUAUUUAUAUAUACAACGGCAGGGACGAUGGAAUAACUCCAUCAUUUUCACAGAGAAUACAAGGACAUCGUGUCAGUAAUGGUUUGAGCAUGUUUGGACAAUCCAUAGCAAGUGGCGUUGAUGCAGAUAACAAUGGCUAUCAAGAUGUAGCAGUUGGUGCAUUUCUCUCCAAUUCUGCUGUGCUGCUGAGAACAAAACCAGUGAUAAUUGUUGAAGCUUCUCUAAAACACCUUGAUUCAAUAAAUCGAACUAAUUUAAACUGCAUGGAAAACGACCAGCCUGCCACCUGUAUGGAUUUACAGCUGUGCUUUACGUACAAGGGGCGAGAAGUACCUGGCUAUAUAGUUUUGUUGUAUAAUCUGAGUGUGGAUGUGAACAGAAAAGCAGAUACACAAGCAAGAUUUUAUUUUUCUUCCAAUGGAACAUCUGAUACAAUCUCUGGAAGUAUAAAGAUUUAUAGCAAGAAAAUUGCCUGCAAUGACCAUCCAGCUUUUAUGAGGAAAGAUGUAAGGGAUAUCUUGACUCCUAUACAUGUUGAAGCAAGUUAUCAUCUGGGACAUCAUAUUCUACAGAAAAGAAGCAAUGAAGAAUUUUUACCACUUCAACCAGUUCUUCAAAGGAGAAAAGAAAAAGAUGUUAUUAAAAGCAAGUUCAUUUUUGCAAGGCUUUGCUCCCACGAAAAUUGUUCUGCAGACUUAAGAGUUUCUGGAAGAGUUUUGUUUCCUAAGCCCAAUGAAAAGAAAAUGUAUCUUACUGUUGGAAACACAAGGACGUUGUUAUUGAAUGUUUCCUUACACAAUACUGGAGAUGAUGCAUAUGAAACCGUCCUCCACAUUCAAAUCCCGAGAGGUCUUUAUUUCAUCAGAAUUUUAGAAGUGGAAGAAAAGCAGAUAUAUUGUGAUGUGUUAGAUAAAGAUACUCACACAGAGAAACUUGAGUGUAGCGUUGGCUACCUCUAUGUAGAUCAAAAAUCAAAGCUGGAUUUUAGUUUCCUCUUGGAUGCAAGUUCAUUUACUAGAGCAGAAGAUGACCUCAACCUCAUCAUUAAUGCUACCUGUGAAAACGAAGAUGUGAACACGCUGUUGGAUAACACUGUGACUUUAGUUAUACCUCUGAAAUAUGAGGUCGAGUUAAAUGCUCAUGGAUUUGUCACACCGGCUUCAUUUAUUUAUGGAACAAGUGACAGAGAUGAUUCACCAGAUACUUGCAUGAAGGAGAACAUCAACUUCACUUUCCAUGUUAUCAGUACAGGACCAAGCAUGGCUCCAAAUACAGACUUUGAGAUAAUGGUACCUAAUGCCUUCCCACCCAACAACUUCAAAUUAUUCAACUUGCUGGAUAUCAAGACAACUACUGGACAAUGUUCCUAUACUAAAUAUCCUAGAAACUGUAAUGCUGCAGGCAAGGACGACAACAUAUUAAAGGAUCUUGUCACCUUCUUUUCAAAGCCCGAUAAGAGACAAAUGUACUGCAUGAAAAAUGACAGUCUGUGUUUACAAAUACACUGCAAGCUUGGAAACAUGGAAAGUGGAAAAGAAGCAACUAUUCAGGUGCAUCUGGAGGCUACUCCUUCACUUUUAGAAAUGGAUGAUGCAUCAGCCUUGAAGUUUGAAGUGAGAGCAACAGCAUCACCAGAAAAAAAUGGAAAAGUUAUUGAACUACACAAGAACAAGCAAUCUGCUUAUGUGUACUUAGAAGGAGUGCACCACCAAAAGCCAAAAUACCGUGUUACUGUCUUGAUAAUCGGGAUAGGGUUAAUAGUUGGUGUUACCUUGUUUCUGCUUCUUUCAUUUAUAUUAUGGAAGAUUGGCUUCUUCAAAAGGCCCUACAAACCAGUCUCUCAGGACCAGGACAGAAGAGACAGCUGGAGUUUUACAAACGGGAAUAAAGAUGACUAAGACAGCAAAUAAAAGCUCCUUACAAAUGAAGAAUAUAAGGUUCAGGCUAAUUCACAUGAGGAACAUCAAUGACUAGAAAACUGGUCACUCUUAGAAAAUACAUUUUAUUUCCCUGACCUGCGUGGAAGACUACACCUUUAUGUACAGUUGUAUUUCUAGCAUGGAAAUGGUAAAGCAGUUCUUGCAUUGAAGUAGGAUUUGAAAUGCCACAUAUCAUCUUUGGUUUCAGACAGACAGACAGAAGAACACUAAAGCUAAAGAGAAGGAUAAUUACUUACCCGAAAGAAGAGUUCUUGCAAAGUGGUAAAGCUUGGCCAAACCUGGACAAAGAGAUCUCAACCAUACUAUAGCACAAGUAAUUCUAAUAGUUUUCAACUUGUGAUAAUUUUUUGCCAGAGACAUUCAAGAAGAAACUCUCCCUCAUCUUGCUUUGGCAAUUUAACAAGGGUAAAAAUGCUGUGUAGAGGGAGACCACGUGUAGAGCGCRCACGUUUAGGAGACUGCUCUCA